UCCCCUUCUUUUCAUCCCUCUAGGCUUCUGCAAUUUCUGUCUACCCGCAAAAAUCCAGAGGAUACCCAGUUGCCCUGAGGUGUACCUGACUUAAUUGCUCUCUUGAACCCUGAUUUUUCUCGUAUCUAGAGUCGGCAAUUUUUUACAGACUCUUCAGGCAUGGAAGCAAUGAAGAUGAAGCUCUUUGUGGCUCUCAUGGUGGCAGUCGUGGCUUUCUCCGCCGUGCAGAAGGCUGCAGCUGCUGAUGCUCCUGCGCCAACCCCUGCAUCUGAUGCAGCUCUCUUUGUUCCUACCUUCUUUGCCUCUCUUGGUGCUUUGGCUCUUGGGUUUCUCUUUUGAGCAAACCAAGAAUGUCAAAGUCCUCAUUUUUAGAUAUAGAAGAACAUGGUUUCUCUGAUUCUCUCCAUUUCUCCUUGGUUCAUUAUCUGUUUUUUUUUUCUUCUCUCACCUCUGAUGGUUUCAGCCAACUACCUCUGCUGUUUGGUGCACGAGAAUGCGAGAAAAGAAGGAAACGGGAUGGAAAAAUUCUCCUCUUUUUUGUAUUAUGUUAUUUUGGAGAUGUAGUUUUAAGUUUAAUCAUUAUGAUUUUUAUUGUUUGAGGUGAGGUGUGAUUGUUGUGUUAUUUGAGAUAUUUGUAUUACAUUGACUUUUGUUAUAUAUAUAUAUAUAUAUAUAUGAAUCUUCUUCUGUAAUUAUCUUUGCUUAGUAGGGAGGAGGAUCUUAGGGUAAUUAGGAGAUGUUGAUGGGUGGGAUUAUGAUAUGUUUUGAUGGAUGAUGUAUAAUGGAACUUAAUUACCAGCUUACUCUCAUUUGUAUCUAUGAUUUAUUCUCGUAAUAAAAAUUGAUUCUUGUUUGUUCUUA